AUCGCCGCCGGUGCAGUGCGUUACGCGUCGCCCGUGUCGUUGGUGUUUUUUGUUCAGUGCUUACGAUUUAUCGUUAUUGCAUUUAGAUACAGUGCGAAAUUCAAGCCAUUCUCGCGACCGUAUGAUAAAUGUCGACGGGAAAACGAGAGUUGUCGUCGCGAUCGUAAGACAAUAAAUCAGUAACAAUAAUAAUAAUAUAAUCAAUUACCGUCGUCGCGUCGUUUGCCAGACCGCCAAAGGGCAAUCUCAUUGUUUAGUGUGCGUCUGCCGCCGCCGUCGCCGCCGUAACACCGUCAGUGCAUCGCGAUCGCGUAGUUGCAGCCGGCGUCGAGUGCGUUUUACCGGCGUACCAGUUACCGGGUAUAAGCGCGUUAACGUCCAUAAGUAACCGAGAGCCGAGCGCGAUUUCGCGCCCGCGCAGCACCGACCGCUGAAGUUGCAUACUAAUCAUCAUUACGAUACGGUGACAGUGAACGUCCGAGUACAUCUGCGUAUUUCCAGACUUUGCGGAGACCGGUUCACACGCGGCACGAAUCAUGUUCGUUGACGUGCUCAAACGAUACUUGCUGAUCGUGUGGAACUUCUUCUUCGGACAGGUCUCUACAGAAUCCAUAAAAGACAGUCCGUCCAGCUCUGAGGACCAACCAACAGUUUUGGCUGAUGUAGUUCCGCCUGUCGAUGAUGGUAGCAAUGACAUUAAUAUCGAAAACAAAGACGAUGAAGAUGAGGAUAUCGAAGAGAUUUUCAAUAACGAAGAUGAAGAAGACGAAGAAGAAGAUGAUGAAUUGGAAUUAGAAGACGAAGAUGAAGUUGAAGAGGAUGAAAAAGCAGCGAUUGUACCUAAAAAACCUGAAAGUAAAGUUGUAACAAAUGACGCACCUACUAAACCCAGCGUUCCGGCCAACAAAAUUGAAGAGGUCAAGGUACCGGACGUGUUGCCUAAGCCGAAAGACGAAAUAAAAAACCCCGAGCCGCCAAAGGUCCCGGAAAAAACCACUGGUGAAAAAGAAAAGCUUAAAAAUGAUAUCUAUAACGCAAAAAAGUCAGAGACUCCCGCCAAGUUAAAGCCUGAAUUUGAGGCGGGCGAGAGGGAAGAAAUUCCCCUCACCAAACCUGUGGUAUCUGAAAAGGACGCGUCCAAGUUCAAGUCGUCGGAGUUUGAAAUAAUCGAGAGGGAAGACAGAGACGUGCCACCAUCAAAGCCAAAGGCUGAGUUCGAAAUCGCCGAGAGAGGAACAGCGGUGAAACCAGUGCUGCCGCCGCCGCCACCUCCAUCGUCGACGUCGAUGACGAUUAAAAGUGACCCGGCCACCGUUCCGGAUCCAGCCAAAGACAACAUUAGUCGGCCGGAAGUAAAAGUUGAUAGUGAUGACAAAAAAGCACUGAAACCGGCGGCGCCAGAAAAUAAGAUCGCGGCCCACGUGAAAUUUCAAAAAGACGACGUCAACGAGAAUUCGGGCAAAGGCCAUGUGCCGGCGGUGGACUUUGCGACACUGGAAAAAGAUGAAACGGUCGUCAAACCGCCGGUAGUGACAACAGGUAAUGCCGCCGCCGGAGAUGCAGUCGAAGAUUUUUUGUCAGCCGAACAGGCGCACGGCGGUCAACUCCUGCACCGCCACCACGAAUCCAUUCAAGACCAACAGCUGGACUACAGUGAUUCCGGCGAAGAGCUAUCAGACGACGACAUUGAAAUUGAUUACGAGGACGACGAGGACGACGAAGAAGUGGUAGAAGUGAAGCCGCUGCCGCCCGUCGCUCGUAGCGUUUAUAAAAAGAACGACUGAACCACCGCCGUGUUUUGUUUAGUCGUCUCGGCGAGCCAUUGUAUAAAAAUAGUUAAAACACAUAUUUUUUUUCUUUUUAUAAUUGUAAAUUAAAUAAAAAAAAAAAAAAA